AUGUAUGAUGGGAUCUCUCAAAUCCCAUUUAGGAGAGGCCAACUUUUGGUAUGGGACUAUUCCUGUAUUGACCCCUUGGCCCCAUCCAACCACGCCAUCAACAUCCUUGACCAGAAGGAACAACUUAAAAUUUCUAAAUACACAGAAAUAAUAAACGAUCAUUGCUUCAUCCCAAUCAUAUCAACCACUCUUGGCACCUUCGGCAAACUCGCCUUAGCAUUUUUCAAAAAAUUAGGAUCACAAAUCAGCAAACUCUCAGAAGAACCCCGAGAGGGGGAAUGUUAUCUUCCAAAACUAAAGGGCCCUUGCAAAGCUUUCUUUCCCCGAUAUCAUUACGACCCAGAACAAGAACGAUGCCGAUUUUUUACUUAUGGAGGUUGUAAAGGAAAUGGGAACAAUUUUGAAAGUAUGGGAGAUUGUGAAAGAGCCUGUAUCCCAAAUGAAACAGUUACGGCUACCACAUUGACAAUUUUUUCUUUGCCUUCUAAUUAUACAACCAUUUUAUCGAAAAGUAACAUCACCAAAUACUAUUAUACAGACCAAGAGGAUAUAUGUAAACCCUUUAUAUUUACUGGAUGUGGUGGUAACAAAAAUAAUUUUGACGAUGAAGAAAAUUGUAAUCAUCUUUGUAAAAAAAAAUUAUUAAAAGAUUCCGAUACAUCUACUACAAUCAUAGAUGAAGCUGGGCACAUUUCGAAUGAUUCUAUUAUAUAUUCUGAUGUAAAUAUGUUGAUUUAG